GGAGGGCGGCAUGCAAAUGAGAUGCAAACGAGAUGCAAAUGGAGGGGGCGCGUCCCGACGAGCCGCGCGCGGCAGGCAAAGGGCCCGUGACGCAAGAGGGGGGCGGGUCCCAAGCGUGACGUGCGAGCGGUAUGCAAAUAAGGCGGGAGGACUACGUCUCCCAGGGGGCACCGCGCGGCGCCGCAGGGCGUCACCCGAGAGGGACGCGGCACCCAGGAGGCCCCGCGCGCGGGUGCCAUGGCAACGGCCCCUCCCAACCGCCCCCCAACGAGGCCGCCGCGGGGUCGCCCGCGUGACCUCACUUCCGGCGCAGCCUAGAGACGCCCCCGGGCCGGAAGCGCGAGGGCUCUGCGAGCGCUCCGGUAAGGGGGUGGCGCGAUGGCGGACGACGGCGGCGAUGAGAAGAAGCAGGUGGCCAAGUUCGAGCUGGAGCGGGAGACGGAGCUGCGGUUCGAGGUGGAGGCCUCGCAGACGGUGCAGCUGGAGCUGCUCACCGGCAUGGCGGAGGUCUUCGGCACCGAGCUCACCCGCAACAAGAAGUUCACCUUCGACGCCGGCGCCAAGGUGGCCGUCUUCACCUGGCACGGCUGCACCGUGCAGCUCAGCGGGCGCACGGAGGUGGCCUACGUCUCCAAGGACACCCCCAUGCUGCUCUACCUCAACACCCACACGGCCCUGGAGCAGAUGCGCCGGCAGGCGGAGCGCGAGGACGAGCGGGGGCCCCGCGUCAUGGUGGUGGGGCCCACGGACGUGGGCAAGUCGACCGUGUGCCGCCUGCUGCUGAACUACGCCGUGCGCCUGGGGCGCCGGCCCACCUUCGUGGAGCUGGACGUGGGCCAGGGCUCCGUCUCCAUCCCCGGCACCAUGGGGGCCCUCUACAUCGAGCGCCCGGCCGACGUGGAGGAGGGCUUCUCCCUCCAGGCCCCGCUGGUUUAUCACUUCGGCUCCACCACGCCUGGCACCAACAUCAAGCUCUACAACAAGAUCACGUCCCGCCUGGCCGACGUCUUCAACCAGCGGUGCGAAGUGAACCGCCGGGCGUCGGUAAGCGGCUGCGUCAUCAACACCUGCGGCUGGGUGAAGGGCUCGGGGUACCAGGCGCUGGUGCACGCCGCCUCCGCCUUCGAGGUGGACGUGGUGGUGGUGCUGGACCAAGAGCGGCUCUACAACGAGCUGAAGAGGGACCUGCCCCACUUUGUGCGCACGGUGCUGCUCCCCAAAUCCGGCGGGGUGGUGGAGCGCUCCAAGGACUUCCGGCGGGAGUGCCGAGACGACCGCAUCAGGGAGUAUUUCUACGGCUUCCGGGGCUGCUUCUACCCCCACGCCUUUGACGUUAAGUUCUCCGACGUCAAGAUCUACAAGGUGGGGGCUCCCACCAUCCCGGACUCCUGCCUGCCCCUGGGCAUGUCGCAGGAGGACAACCAGCUCAAGCUGGUGCCGGUGACGCCGGGGCGGGACAUGGUGCACCAUCUGCUGAGCGUCAGCAUGGCCGACAGCGCCGACGACAACAUCUCGGAGACCAGCGUGGCCGGCUUCAUCGUGGUCACCGGCGUGGACCUGGAGCGCCAGGUCUUCACCGUGCUCUCGCCCGCCCCUCGCCCGCUGCCCAAGAACUUCCUCCUCAUCAUGGACAUCCGCUUCAUGGACCUGAAGUAGAAGCAGCGGGGAGAAAAUAGGGAGUCUCCUUGGACUUGGGGGGCAGCCCCACACCUCGGACUUCCUGGGGAGCAAGAAAACAUUUGCUGUCUCGGUCAUCUUGUGCAAGUUGUCUGCUUGCCCGUGUUUGUUGUUCUUCCUCCAGCAGGUUUCUGGCCCCGAAGUCUGGCCACUUCGCCCCUUCUUACGUGCCGGCGAGCACUGCCGAGCCCUCCCACGCGAGGGGCUCGCUGCUCGGUUUUUAUAUCCUUUUAUAACUUUUAUUAUUAAAAUUCCUAGACUUGUG